GCUUGAACAUAGUCCACCGGUGUCCUGACAGAACUUUGACUCUUCUCUGGAUUGUCGGUGUUGUGCUUUUGGAUUAUAUUGAUGGCGUAUGUUAUGACAAGGAUUUCCACCACUGGGAAGAAUCCAGAACUGUGUCCUGGCACAGAGUAAGGAGAAGAGAAGGAGGAGGAAGAGGAGGAGGAAAGUUAGAAGCAGUUUUUCCCCACCUCAUCUUUGUCUCUGCAGUUUUCUUCUGUGGGAGAAUGGGGGCAGGAGCUCUGACUAUCUGUCACAACAAGACGGCUGUGCUGGUGAAAGAAGACAUGAAGAAGAUGGUCCAGAUCCCCAUGCUCAGAACCAGGACUGUGGCAGCAAAGCACACCAAGCUGUUUGGCGCCUCCCUGUUUGAGCUGCGAGACAAGGGCCUGGUGAAGGAUGGUGCGCCUCUGGUGGUGCGGAGGAUGGUGGAGCAUCUUCGCAAACAUGCCCUGCAUCACGAGGGCCUGUUCAGAGUCAGUGGGAACGUCCGCGCCGUGGAGACCCUGAAACAGCGGCUGGACGUUGGCGAGGAAGUGGACCUUCUCUCUGAAUGUGACGCAUGUACGGUGGCCAGUUUGCUCAAACAGUAUCUCAGGGAACUACCAGAGGGUCUCAUAGACGCGACAGUCCAACAGGCGCUGAUACAGCACUACCAAGAGAGCGGCGAUGACGGUUCAUGGUCCGAAACCAGAGAGCUUCUCCAGCAGCUUCCAGAUGUCCACCUCAGUCUCCUUCGCUACCUUUGCCACUUCCUCGCGCUUGUGGCGUCCAACCACAACGUCAACCGCAUGACCGCCCUCAACCUUGCCACGGUCUUUGGACCCAGUGUCUUCCAUGUGGCUCCAGGUUUUGAAGCAAUGAAGGACCAAAAUAUCUGCAACAAGGUCAUGGUCAAGCUCAUCCAGAACUACAGCAGUAUAUUUGAGACACACAAAGAGGAGCUGUCCACCAUGAUCUCUGUCAAGGGGACGCACGUGACGGAUGUAGACACGGAGAAGUCGCCCAGCCACCUCGAUGCAAAGACACCGGCAACAGUUCCCAGGACAAAAGAAGGAGAAAAAGACCUGGCAGGAAAUGAUGGACUUCCUACUAAUUCUGUAAUGGACAGACCAAGGAGGAAGAAGAUGAGGAAGGUGAGGAGUGACCGUUCGCCUGAAACUGUCCCACAGCCCAGCCGCUCUGCUCGAUUACCUCAUGUGAGGCCUUGCUCCAUACCAAUAGUUGUGCCCCUGACUUCUGGACUGCGGAGCCUCAGUCCAGAAGCAAUGGAGACGACUCCCAUAACUCUGACUCGCCAGGAUGCCCCAGACACUGCCUCGCACCGCAGCCCUCUCAAUGUCAGCCCCUCUGGCAGCACGGAGGCCCUAAGUAGUUCCCAAGAAGAAGAGAGGCCGAUAUCUCCUUUCUUCAUGAGUAACCACCUCUCCCCUGUCUGCUGCACUCCAGAUGUGGUGAAUUUCCUGGACAGGACGAUACGUUCAGCAGUGGAGCAGCACCUGUUUAAUAUAAACCCUUUAGGGGAUCAAGGUUCGGAGGAGUGUGAGUUGAGCCCAUGUAGGACAUCUCUAAAGGUGACGCCAACUGCGCGACAGAGACGUCGACACCAGAGAGACCAGAAGCAGCAGCAGGAGGAGGAGGAGAAGGAGGAGGAGGAGGAGCAUCUGAGACGUCGAGAAAGAGACAGGGCUGUGUCCGUCAGGUCGGACACCAACAAGGAGAACAUCCCAUCCAGCAGUGGAAGACAUUCUGGAAGCGUGGGGGAGAACACGGUCGGCAGCAGCGUGGACUCACACGGAGGUCACACGGGUCAAACCCCCAAACCCAGGAAGUCAAAACAGAACCCUACACUGGUGCAGCUCACUGACAACAAGGAUGUUCACACGGUAAAAGAGUGUGUGGACAGACGACCUGGAGCAAAACACAUGGAUACAUUUCAGAAAGGGAAUGACAUUUCAAGAAGAGGGGAGCGCCGUUCUCCUCCACAGACGCUAAGGAUGAAGAUCCAGGACUCGCCUGUCACUUGUGACACGGGGAGGGUCAGUGGAGGUGGAGGUGGUGGUGGAGGAGGAGGAGGAGAGGCUCGAGACUCGGACUGCGAGAGGUCGAGCUGUGAGGAUGUUCCUCGCCUGGACCUGACGACACUGACCGAGGAGACUGACAACUGGGGAGAACCUGUUCCAGCGUACUCAUCGCUGCAGAGGGAGAGCAUGGACCGCGAGGAAGCUCGUCUGUCUCCUCACGCCGGCGGACGACUGAUCAGCCAGCUGCUGGAGGAAGACAGCGACCCGAUGGUGUCCCCUCGCUUCUACGCCUAUGGACACAGCCAGCAGUACCUGGACGACACUGAAGUGCCUCCCUCGCCUCCAAACGCGCAUUCUUUCAUCAGUCGCAGGCGAAGUUCAUCGCUCGGCUCGUGUGACGACGAGAAAGAGGAGCUGACGACGGCUCAGCUCACGAAGAGGAUUCACGUCCUGAAGAAAAAGAUCCACAGAUUUGAAGAGCGGUUUGAAGAGGAGCGAAAAUACAGGCCCUCCCACUGUGAUAAAGUUGCAAACCCGGAAGUGCUGAGGUGGGUGAAUGAACUGGCCAGACUGCGUAAGGAGCUCAAAGAACACAAGCUGAUGAAGUCUGAGGAGGAUCUGCCGCCGCUGACCCGUCAGCGCAGCAACACGCUGCCCAAAAGCUUUGGCUCUCAGCUGGAGAAGAAGCCUCAGCAGGAGAAGGUGCCGAAGCCGCCGGUGGAGUCGACGCUGGAGGCGAUUCUGAAGAAGCUGCAGGAGAAGAGGGAGGAGGUGAACCGCCCCGAGGACAUCAAGGAUAUGACACGGGAGCAGAUCGGAGCAGAGAAGGUGGCGCUACAGAAAGCGCUCCUCUACUAUGAGAGCAUACACGGCCGACCUGUCACCAAGAGCGAGAGGCAAAUCAUGAAACCGCUUUAUGACAGAUAUCGCCUGGUCAAGCAGAUCCUGUGCAGAGCCUCCACCAUCCCUGUCAUUGGCUCUCCCUCCAGCAAGCGCAGAGGGCCCCUCCUUCAGCCCAUUAUCGAGGGCGAAACCUCGCUCUUCUUCGACGAUAUCAAGGAAGAGGAGGACGGCUCCGAGGACGACAGCGACUCAAAGACCCAGUUCACCGUGACCGUCCGGCCUGACCUCAGCAUGCUCAGCUUCCUGGACCACUUGGACGAGGAGGUGGACGGUUUCAUUUCCCCAGUGGAUGACCUCUCUCCGUCCAAACACGCCAUCGACAUGAGGCUGUCCAACCUCCACUCUGCAACCAUAGAGGAACUUGUGGAGCAGCUCCAGGAAGCCAGAGAGGAGAAGAAGAGAAUCCGCAAAAACCUGAAGGAGUUUGAGGACCAGUUCUUCAGACAAAACGGAAGAAAUGUGCAGAAGGAGGACCGCUCCCCUUUGGCAGGAGAGUACACCGAAUACAAGCACAUCAAAGCCAAGCUGCGGCUGCUGGAAGUCCUCAUCAGCAAAAGAGACUCGACCAAGUUCAUCUGAGGGAACCGAUGACAGGACUGUUGCUUCGUUUUCUGGAGGUACAGUCAGUCACAUCUCAACCUGCAGGAGGAGAGAGCUGACGCUGCCUCAUGCCGUCAGCUGUGCUGCUCAUGACUGUAGCUGAGGAAGCAGCAGCAGCAGCAGCAGCAGCAGCAGCAGGGUUUUCCCCCCGGACGCCCGCAGAGAGACAACAAACCACGCCUGAUUAUAGCCACUCAAACGUCUCCGGCAUCACUUGACAGGUUUUCUUUAGACGUUCACAAGAGGACAUAAGAUGUCUCUUCCUGACUGAAGCAUGGAGCGCACAAAUAACCUGAAUCACACUUAUACUGCUAAUAAUUUAUUUUAUUCUCUCGAAUGCGUUUCAUGAGAACUGAAGUUUUCUUUUUCUUUUUUCCGCGUUACGCUUUAAUGUAGAAAGUCUUUAAAAAAUAUACAUAACUUGUAAGUAAAAUAACGGAUGAAUGAAAUCACUGCUAUUUUUUAAAGAAGGAUUCUGUGAUCAAAAUGUUGAGUGUUUAUUUUGUAAGGGAGAUGUUACUAUUUGUAUAACUUUCAAUCAGCUGGACAGUGUUGACUAAAACGAUGGCUUUCACUGUUUGAGUCGUUAAAAAGAAGUGGUUUUCUAAUUCUAAUAGAAUCAAAAGACACAAACUGAACCAAACCUGCUCGAAUAUUCAUUUGUUUGGAUACAACGACGGCCCGUCUGUUUCCCCCUGUACCUGACUCGGCAUACGACUGUAUAUUUUAUGCAUUUAAUAUCCUUUUCCUGCCCUUUAACUUUAACUUUAAGUCAAACGGGCAAUUUAAUCUCUUUGGGAAUCGCCGGUGUGUUUGUGUUCACACUGUUUCCUUCUCGUCCGUCCUCGGAUCAGUUUGUUCUUUUGUAAAUAUGGAUCAAUGUGUAUGUUUACAUUUCUGUGAGCGAGUACUUUUUCCUGUCUUUCUCCAAAAUGGAUGAUUAUCAGUGUGAAUUUUGUUUUUACUGAAUUUAAACACUGUCAAGGCUUAAUGAGUUUUGAGUGUGUACAUUUUAGUACAUAAAUUGUAUUUGUAUUUUGUAUCAUGAAUGAAAUCAUAUUUUUACUGAA